AUGGAAUCUUUUCUCAAGUUGUUGGGUGUAAACCCCGAGCUGUAUCGACGUGCGCAAGAGAACGAGGAGUCUCGUCGUAACCGUCAAUAUUCCAAACGCUUCCAUCCCAACCAGUACCCUGAAGAGGACAAGUCCACCCCCGAGGCCGAAAAGGCUUCAGAACCGGCGUCCGAGGCCUCGUCCGCUGAAAAAUCCGAGGUCGACGUUCCGCUUGCUAUCCGCAUGAUCCUUAUUGGCCCUCCUGGUGCUGGUAAGGGCACCCAGGCCCCUAACUUGGUCGAGAAGUACUGCGCCUGCCACCUGGCUACUGGCGACAUGCUGCGCUCCCAGGUGUCUCAGGGUACCGAGCUCGGCAAGAAGGCCAAGGAGAUCAUGGAUGCCGGUGGACUUGUUAGCGACGAUAUCAUGGUUGGCAUGAUCAACUCCGAGCUCGAGGAAAACCCCGCCUGCAGGAACGGUUUCAUUCUCGACGGCUUUCCCCGCACAAUCCCCCAGGCUGAGGCCCUGGACUCUAUGCUUGAGGAACGGGGCAGCCCCCUGAAGAACGUUGUCGAACUCGAGAUCCCCGACGAGCGUCUUGUUGCCCGUAUCGAGGGCCGCCUCAUCCACCCCGCCUCGGGCCGCUCCUACCACAAGGAGUUCAACCCUCCCAAGGUCGAGGGCAAGGACGACGUUACCGGCGAAGACCUCAUCCAGCGCACAGACGACAACGUCGAAGCUCUGAAGAAGCGUCUUGUGUCGUACCACGAGCAGACCGAGCCCGUCGUCGGUUACUACAAGGAAAAAUCUCUCUGGAGCGGUGUUGAUGCCACCCAGAAGCCAGGCGAAGUUUGGACGGCCAUUGUUGAGGCUAUCGAGAAGAAAUAA